AUGGUAUUGAAAAAAGUUUGGAUUAUUCCACUUCUCACAUCUUUCUUAAGCAUUUCUGCUUUUAUCACAUCUUAUUGUAUAGCUGUUUCAAAAAAACAUGUCACAGGAUUUUGGCCAUAUAUUAGUGACAGCGGUACAUUACCUCCAGAAAGUUGUAUUUUCGGACAACUGCUCAAUUUGUCCGCUGUUUUCUUCGCAAUAACUGCAUAUUUAAGGCAUCGACAACUUAUUGAAUAUUAUUGGCAUCAUUUAAAACAGAAAGAUGGAAAUUGGCGGAAUUAUUGCACGAUAUACUUAUGGUUUGGAUAUUUUUCAGCAUUUGGUGUCAGUUUAAUCGGCAAUUUCCAAGAAAUGAAUUUUGUCAUAAUUCAUUAUAUUGGAGCGUUGUUGGCUUUUGGAUGUGGUUUGGUAUAUACUUGGGCCCAGACUAUCUUCAGUUAUCGAAUGAGACCUAGACUUGCAAGAGCUAUAGUACCACAUUGUCGCCUAUUUUUAUGUUGUUUAUCUACCGCUCUCUUCAUCAAUGUAGGAAUAUUUGGGACAAUACUUGGCCAACAACCAAAAGAUUGGCUUAACUGCGAUCAACUUUAUAAAUGGACACCUGAUAGUCCACAUUAUGUGGAACAUACGAUUGCUACCUGUUCGGAAUGGCUGCUAGCAAUUUGUUUCGAAUUUUAUAUUCUUACUUUUGUAAUCGAAUUUCGGAGUGCAAGCUGUCAUGCACCAAAGCUUAAGCUCAAUCUGGAUACACUUUAUGAAAAUCAUCAAUUUAAUGCUGAUACUGCUGAUAAAAGCAAUCUGACUCAUACUGAAUGUAAUAAUAUAAAUGGAUGCAAUAAUGGUCGUACAAUUAGUAUCUUUAUACCAAUUGAUUUCAAAAACAAUAUCAAUGAUUUAUGCUGUAAUAGUGAUAACAGCAACAGAGAGCUAAUUUUUAAAUAA